GUGAUGCUUUGUCUACGUCAUAAACCCGCGACGAUUUGUCUUCCUCGCAGCAACCGCUGCGUUGCUAUCUUGAAAGCUAACUUUUUUUUUUCGAAAGGAUGGCUCCCAAAAAGGCGAAAAAGGUUAUAAACCAAGACGAGCUUCGACGUUUAAUGCGAGAGAAACAACGUCAGUCAACGGAUAAGAAGAGAGUGGAGUCUCCGUACGCCAAAUACAACAGCCUGGGCCACCUCAGCUGCGUUCUGUGCAACGCGCCCGUCAAGUCCGAACUGUUGUGGCAAACUCACGUUCUUGGAAAGCAACACAAAGAAAAGGUGUCCGAGUUGAAGGCUUCCGCACACACACAACCACAACAAAAUCCGCUCCUGAAGAGGAAGACCCAGGAGCCCGAUGACAGCGGGAGGAGGGCGAAAUCCACGAGAGGCGAAUCCUCUUCAGGGAUAUCUGAUGAUGUCUUCAAGAAGCCCCAUCCGAAGUUACCCACUCCGGCUCAGAGAUCAGCCGGGUUGAGUCUCCUGGCUGGGGUCUACGAUGAGGAUGAGGAUGAGGAAAUGGAGGAGGGAGGAACCAGCGCAGAAGAUAAGACGAGUGGUACCCCAAACCAAGGCGAUUCAACAGCCCCCGCCGGACUCCCAGACGACUUCUUUGACAGUUCUCUCCCCACGACCCCCACUGUGUCCCACUCUGGCUCCAUCAUGAAGGCGGACGAGCAGGAGAAGUGCGUCGAGAAGAAGGGGAACAGCGCCGAGUCGCUGCCCGAGGGCUUCUUCGACGAUCCGGUGAGAGACGCGAAGGUGAGGAACGUGGAAGCGCCCAAAGAUCUGAUGGACAAGGAGUGGGACGAGUUCCAGAAGGAGAUCCGCCAGGUGAACACCAAGUCUGACGCCAUCGUGGCUGAAGACGAUGAGGAGGGUCGCAUAGAGCGUCAGAUCGAGGAGAUCGACGAGCAGAUAGAGUGCUACAGGAGGGUGGAGGUGUUGAGAGACAGGCGGGAUGUUGUGAAGAAUAAGUCUGUCCAAGAGAGCAACGAUGACAAGGAAGCGAAUGAUAUGGACAUUGAAGAAGAGGACGAGGAGGAAUUACUUCGCCUGUUGGCUCGUGACUGGAGGGCGAAAGGUGCCAUGGCAUAGGGCAUAUUUGACUUUACAAUGUGUUCAUGAAGCCAUAAGUUUGGACAUUGAAAACCACUGUACCAUGUUGUCAGGUAUCCAUUCUACGUGGAGUUGUUUAUUACCAGAGAAGUUCAAAGUGUUCCUUUUUGUAAAUACCUUUGCCAGCAGUAAAAUUAAAAGGAUUUGUGUUACCUUUACAUUGAAGUCGUUACACCCAUUCACAUUUUCACAACCAGACAUUUUUAAUUGUUUAUUUAUUAUAUUCACAAAAAUCCCACAUUGAAACUAUCUCCAAUAGCAGUUAAGCAGAAGAAUUAAAAUCAGACAUGGUAAAAUAUAGCAUUCAAAUCAUUGUCCUGCGAAAACAAAGCCAAACUAUGUUAAAGUGAUACUUAUUUUAUCAGGUCACAGAAUACUUUAUUAAUGUACAAUCUUCUGAUUUGGACCCCGAAAUCUGUUAAUCUCACGUAAAAACAAAUUAUACAAUUUUUACAAUUCCACGCUGUGCAAUAAAUAAUUGUUUACAAUGCUGCAGCAAUAUGACAACGCGUUCCAGCGAUUACACAAGGCCCACAGAGAUGGACUGAUGAAUCUCUAGUAGAGAUCAGUGCUUCUAAUACUACCUUUUCACCAGUAAUGAGUAGGCUUCAUCUUAAAUAUACUAAUGCAAAAUUUGCAGACAAGGCAGGGGUAAAUCAUAUUUUUGUUAUUGCCAACAUUCCCAAUUGAAUGAACAAAAGAUUACUGUAAUAUCUGCUCACAAGUAUUGAGAUUCUUUUUUGAGGAUGAAAAACUGUCAGUGUUGCUCAUUUCAGCUAUAUAAAACAAGAUCUUUGUCCUUUUAAAAGCAAGCACAACAUACGCCUAUCUGUACACUUUUUUGUUAUUGCUACAUAUGACUUGUUGAGUUACCCCCUCAAAAGUAAUACCAAAGCGAGUAGCCAUUCCAAACCUAAAAACCGCCUAAACUAGAAAAGAACCGCUGAGGCUAUCGGCAAGAUGCAAAGAUAAGGAUACAAAUAAUACAUUCUGAUGGAAGAAGCUGGAAAAUAGAAACCAAUGGGUAUGACUAACUGGUUCAGUGGGUUAGGUAGGUGAGCUGAAAGAAAAUAACAUGAGGAAUGAUUGACUUUUCUAUAUUUAAUUUGUUAUGAUUGUUGAAAAAGGUUGCACACUGGUGCUUUCGACGGGUCAAGUGAAUAGACAGUGAGGGGUGGGGUCGCGUUUCACUGACCAGCUCAGUCCUAACGCCUUAACAGAAACCGUCGAGCACCAUUUAAAUGUUACAAGACAAUGUAGGAAUGAGAAGUGACCCCCCCCCCGAAAAUGAAUGAGUAAAACAAUACUAUAGUAUUCUAGAUUAGCGCAAAGAAAUAUGGGGGAAAACAU